AGUGUAUUUACAUAUGUGUGUGUGUGCGUGUGUGUGUGUGUGUGUAAUUGUGACUAAGAGGGUUUAAGAGGGUCCUCCCCCCUCAGUCGGUCAGGGACCAGGCUGGUGAUCGUGAUCCCUCCUCAGCACCACGUCCACGCUGCAGCCAUGGCUCGUCUGGAUCAGGUCAUCACGAACAUUGUUGACAUCUUCCUGGAGUACGCCAACGAUGAGGGCAGGAAACACCAACUAAACAAGGACGAGUUAAAGAAAGUGCUGCAGCAGGAAAUACAAAGCCCUGAGUUAAAGGAAAAAAUCAAUGCCGACGACAUAGAGGAGGUCAUGGGGGUGUUGGAUAAAAAUCACGAUGGCGAGGUCAACUUUCGCGAGUUCUGUCGCUGCAUCUCAGACCUGGCUAAAUGCUACUAUCAAAAGAAGACAGGCAGGGGAGGCAAGAAGAACCGGGGCAACGAGCCCGCAGCUGAAGAUUAACCUUUUAACCCCUUUGUUGUGUUUUCUCACGGUAAAACCAAUCAGUAUAAAUAACAUUUAGACCUCAUAGACGACUUGCUGUUUUGUUAGACCAGGCAACUUAAAAAUUCACCUCCAAAUUGGUUUUCGUGACAUUUCCUUUAACUGUGUAACAUUAAUCACUGACAUGACAUUUGCUGACGUUAAGUUUGGACUGAAAAUAAAUCUCUGGUGCAACAA